AUAGUGAACUCUUGGCAACUCGCUCUGGCGACUGGCAGUACGUGGCAGCUCGCUCACAAGUCUUAACUCGUGGUGGCGCGGGCCGCUCAGAUCAUCAAAGGCAGCCACCCCAGCUGUUUAUGUGGUCUUUAUUGCCCAGACUGCCACCCAGUACCCCGUGUGUUGGCUCCACUGACACCCAGCACCCCGUGUGUUGGCCCCAUUGACACCCAGCACCCCGUGUGUUGGCUCCACUGACACCCAGCGCCCCGUGUGUUGGCUCCAUUGACACCCAGCAGCCCACCUCCUGAGGUUGAUCCUCCACUGACAUCAUCAUCACCACCACCACAUCAUGGCAGCACGAGGACAAGUUCAGGGUGGUCGUGGCUACUGCUACAAGAGCAACACAGAAGUGAAGUACAAACCACACCUGUCAUACACGUAUGUGGGGUUUCCAAAAGAUCACAUCCUUCGGAAAGCUGAGGGAGAAAAUGGAAUGAAAAUGAUUCUCCGGGACAUCUUGAACAGUGACACUGGAUGCCAGCUAAAAGAAGUGUCAGUAAUGAAAAUGCUAGGAAAGCCUGGCUUUAUGGAUCAAAUAUCCAUGAUUCAAGACAACUUCAGGAAAUUCAACUUUUCCAAGAUAGAACACCUUCUUCACUUGGAAGUGAAAGACACUCCCACUGGACAGAACAUGAGUCAUCAAGAAGUCUUAAAGUUACUGAAAGCAUCCCCGUUCUGCACGGACAAGCAAGCAGUAGACAGCGAAAUAAAGGAUGAAGACUUGGCUUGUGAAAGUGGGUCCAGAAAUUUUCAUCUAAGCAACAGUACUGUCUUCAUUUUUCUCAAAGAAAUGUUGCAGACUCUUGUGCCCGAGUCAGUUUGGGGCAGCCAAAAAAACUUCAAAACUGUGGAAAGAUUCCUUUGGAAGUUGAUUGACUUGGGAGCCCAGGACACCCUAACCAUUGGUCAACUACUUGACAGGAUGAAGCUGCAGCCCAUAAGGUGGCUUCAAGUACACAGCCAGGCAGAAAAAAAGUAUGUACUCAGUAAGUUUUUUAUUUGGAUAUUGCAAAAGAUUAUCAUUGCAUCUCUUAAAGCUUUUGUUGUCACCUCCAAAAUUUCUGGAGGUGGCAAUCAAAUUUUUUUUUUCAGGAAAGGCACAUUUUGUGCUUUAUCUCAAGAAAACAACACCCUAUUUACUACUCAGCCAGAUAAUGCUGAAGUGCAAGGGAAGGUAAAACUCCUUCCCAAAAGAACUGGAGGAGUGCGCCCUCUUUUCAUGGGUGUUAAUAAAAGCUUGGAUGAUGACAAGCUAAAAGCUAGCAUGUGGCUUAUUAGAUACCUUGCCAACAUGGAAGAAGGCUUUAAAAGGCCACCUGGUCUUGUAGAGCAAUGGAAAAAUGCUCUGUCUGUGCUGGGAGAUGAGGGAGAUCUCUAUUAUGUUAAGACGGAUAUAAAAGAUGCCUUUGGCUCAGUUGAUACCAGCUUGCUGAAAAAACUUCUGUACGAUACUGUGAGUGACUCACAGUUCUUUGAAGAAUUCAAAAAACUCUAUACUGCAAGAAAAGGCAAGAAGAUUCCCAAAUAUGAAAGUGACUUCUAUGAAUGGAUCUCUGUAAAAAAUGACACCUUGGAUGAAAGCUCAUUCACAUUACAAGUCUAUGGCCUAUUGAGAACUAUUGACAAAGCACUAUGUUCAACAGUAACAUUUGGAAAAAGGAAGGUAACCCUUGCCUCAGGGCUGCCACAAGGAUGUUGUCUCUCAGGAGACCUUUGUAAUUUUUAUUACUCAAAGAUGACAUCCGAGUAUCUGCACGACUUCGUAGCACGUGAUGGGGUACUCCUGAGAACAGUAGAUGACUUCCUUUAUAUAUCAAAGUCAAGGGAAAUGGCAAUCCAUUUCAAAGAUCUCUUGACGAAAGGAAUCCAUGCAUUCAAUUGUUUUAUAAACAAAUCAAAAACUCUCACCAAUUGUAGUUCCAAUGUACAGAGAAUUCUCUUUAAUGGCUAUAUUCUUUGCUUUAGCCAAAAAGCUGUGCUUAUAAAUAAUUCAAGUUUGGAGAGAGUACCAUGUAGAUAUUCCUUGACCUUCAAUAGGUCAUCAAGGUGCUCCAGGAGGACCUUCAGGAGGCAUUCAAGAAACAAUCAAAGUAAAAUGAAUGAGUUCAUUGAAAAUAAACUAGUUGGGACAGUAAGGAUUUUCCUUCCACACAGUCUCAUAUCUGAAAGGUAUUCAAACCUGAACACACUGCUGGACAAUGUGUGGCGCCUGGGAAUGAUUAGUGGCUAUAAGAUCCAAGCACUGUUGAACCACGCAUGUGAUCACUUUGGGAAGUAUAACUCAAAAAGUUUUUUAAGUGCCAUUUUCAUAGCAGGAAAUAAAGUUUUCCAAAAAAUUCUGCGUGGCAGAACAGACUUUGGAAACGAGGACAAAUAUUUGUUCACUGCAAUUUUUGUAUGCAGCAUCUACUGUUCCCUUACUGUCAUUUCCCGUGACACUCGGAAAGUCCUCACAAGGAAACUGAGCGCCAUUGUUCUCAGGAGGUUAAGGAAAGUAGAGAGCACAGAUCAGAAUAAAGUGCUGUUGAAACAUUUAGAAAAUCUUGUGACUGGAAGUGUGCUUGGGUAAUUAGAAUAAGGAACAGUGUGACUAGCUGUACAAUGUGGCAUGACAGCUUGUUAUGCUUGUAUGAUCCUUCAAAGGUACUUGGUACCAAAGGCAUCGAGAUGGCUCUCCAAGUCACUCUUCACUGUCCAUACGUUUCACAGCCAUACAGUAAGACAGCACAAGCGAACAAGAACAUUUAGUGGAGUCAUUCCUUAUCAACAUUACAGAAAGUCCAGACGGUUAAGUUACUGA